AACUUGUGGCACGUGGUCUCGUGCUUCAUCACCAUUGGCCAAGCAGAGACGAAUCCAUCGCUUUGGUAUAUCUAUUUCUGACGAGAUGGAGAAACUUCUAAACAUUCUUCUUCAAAGAAACGAUAAGUCCAUCCCAUGGGGGUUUCGUUUGGAAGGGGGAGCUGACAAGAAGAGUCUUUUGACGAUAUCACAGGUUACUCCUGGUACUAUUAGUAGUCAAUACUUAAAUUCUGGAGACGUUCUUCUGAAGAUUAGCGACCGAAACGCCACCAACAUGACUGUAGCCGAAGCAGAGGACUUUAUUACUCAAAGUCAAAAUCGCGUCGAUCUUUUGAUUAGAAAAAAAGCUGUAGGCCACAGUAGUCCAGCAGUCUGGAGUCCUGCUACAAAUUGCAACAGCCCUGGACCCAAUCCUUUCUUUUCUGGGAUUAAUGGUUCUCAUAUAUCAAAUAACAGUCCGGUAGUCAAGCAUGUACCUUCAACACCAGGAUCAUCAGGCCCUUACUGGGCAGCUAGGACAACAGCAGCGUCUACUCCUUCUGGCCCAUAUUGGGCAGUUCGAACCCCUAGCACACCCAGUAGUGCAGGUUCACAGUGGGGCGUGCAAACAAGUAAUUCUACCAGAAACGGCUUUCCACGAUGGCCUGGCCAGGAAAUAAAUGCAACGAGGAACGAAAAUUCACACCAGAAUGUUAAUUCAUCAAAUUCAAUCGAAAUACCAGAAGGGAGUACACAAUCACCUAAGGAAGAUACAGAACAGAGGUAUUCCACGUGUACAAAUGUACAGUCUAAUAGCCAGGAUUAUUUCAGUAUACCUACCGAAACUCCAACUCGAAUGAGCCCUUUUCAAAAUUCUUUGUCAGACUCAAAUUCUUCAGCUCAGAAUGCUUUCCUAUCUAACUCAGUGUCAGAUCUUCCUACUCCACCAACGCCCAUUUUUACUCAACAUUGUGGAGCUGACGAUUUAAAAUUAACUAAAGAAAACACCCCACUCACUCUGCAAACUAAUAUUUCACCUCUCAUGAAUUCUGAGAAUGCAGCUGAAAUUAUAACACCGCCCACCCCACUCUCAGAACCACUGUGGGAAAAACACAUGGCUGUGACUCAACCCCAGAUAACCGAUACUAUACUUACAAGUGAAUACCAACAGGAUUCCGUUACUAAAGAGAAUAUUCCAGAAACCCCUUCUAUGGCUCCACCACCACCACCACCGCCCCCACCACCCCCUCCACCUCCUCCGGUAAAUGGUCCCACCUGGCGGGAACUACAAAAGAGGGAAAACAAACAAGAAAACACGGGUUACCAUCCAUUACAAAAUUGUGCAAAUACUCCUCAAGACGGUGCUGAUAAACCUUUCAGCUACUUACCUGGUCCUUUACAAGGUAGUUUAAAGAAGGAUAAAAAACCGUUUACCUACACCCCUGGUGGGAUUGACCUAUCCCAGAUCAAAUCUCCCCGAAUGGCCCGCCGACUUAUAGCCAAUCAACAGGAUCCGGGAGUUGGCGCAAAAUCGAAAAAUGAAAGCGAAACUCAGGCAGAUAACGAACCGAACGAGGAGUUAAAUGAAUCACAAAAUUACCCAUCUCAGCACCUUGUUCCCCCUCGGGCCAAGUUAAUGCAACCAGUUCUCCCUGUGUCAAACGGUCAUCAGCCAAUGCCACCAUCUGUAACAACAAAUCAGGAUGCUGUGGGAUUGAAACUGAACAAUAACAAGUCUGAAACUGCUCAGUUUUCUAAUCCUAAUCAAGGUAUCAUACGUAACCCAAAGCAACGACAACAGGCGGUAAUUGUCCCAUCAUACAACUCUCCUUUAAACCUCUACUCUCCAGAAAAUACUUUAAAUGCAUAUCAAGCUCAAACUGAUGAGGCAGCCAGACAAUUUGAAGGUUUGAGUCUUGGAAGUGAUCCUACGAGGCCAUACCAGCCACCAGGUCAUCAUCCUUGGCCUUCUCCAGAAAACAACCAAGUGUAUUGUCCCAGAACACAAACAGAUAACGCGUCAAGUUUUCCCCAGUCACGCUCCUUUCGGGUGCUUCAGAUGUUGACAAAUGAAGAGGAUGAAUGUCCUAAGGAAGAGGUGCCAAAGAAACACGAAGAAGAUGAAAUGAGGUUUUCUGGACUGAGGAAGAAUCCAAUACCGUCUCGAACUUUUCAAGCGGUUCAACGCAUGACAGGUCCUGAUGAUGGUUAUUAUGUUCCACCACCACCACCUACCGCCAACAUGAACAAUCGCCAAGAUGAAGAUGGCGACCAAACCGAUGAUGGUCCGAAUGAACCACGAUAUAAAGGAGGAUCUAUUCCAUCAUACGCCUUCCGGAUGUUGCAGGAAAUGACAGACGCUAGCGAAAACGGAGGCCCUCCUCCACCUUCAGCGUUGCAGAAACCAAAGAAAACAACGAAGGUUCAAAUGCAGAUAGGGGAACCUUACCAACCUCGCCUCCAACAGCAAUACCACCAGUCUUACCCUCAGCAACAAUACUAUCAAAAUCCUACUCAAAGAUACCCUCAACCAGCCUUUCAACAGCAAUACAACGAACCUGAAGUUCCAGCAUCGCAAUUACCAGAAGAACCAGAACCCAGAAUGUAUACUGGUAAGAAGAUACCGUCUCGCUCGUUCCGAAUGUUGCAGACGAUGACAGGAGAGAAUCCUUUACUAGAUGGAGAGGAUGGUACUGAUUUUUAAGGUUUGCAACCAACGUUAUUAUUAUUAAAGACGAGAAGGUGACGAAUAUAAUUGGUAAGUUCUUCACGAGAAGUGGAUCUCAAGGUCAGAAUCUUCAAUGUGCAACUGUUCAUUAUUUUAGUUCUAACACGUCACCAGAAUCGUAGAAGGAGGAGGAUUUGGGACAAAUGAUUGUGUAUUUAAUCUUGGUGUUUUCUUGUCAACAUCUGUCUGAUUGAAAAAAAAAAAAAAACUGAAAUGUUAAGACCUAAACUAAGUCGAAUAGAGUUUACAAACUUUUAUAUUUCUGUAUUCUCUUCGUGUUUUGUUGCAGCUAGCCUGCGACUGUUUAGAUAAAUUCAUGAAAAAUACUACUUACUGAACUAAUGUUGCUCCUAAGUAGAGGUAAGUUGCAUAAAUGUAGAGAAGUAUUAAUUUAAUGCUUUUGGCCGAAUAAGUGACUAUAGAUAUUAAUUUUGCUUUGUCAGAUGCAUAUUUACCAGGUACUUAGGUAAAGUAUUGUUAUAGUUAAUGAAAAGUUACUUGUUAAGUUUCUUUCAGUAUUGAUGUAAUGUUAUUCAUAGCAUCGUUUUAGGUUUGACUUAAUUUGGGAUAUUAUGGAAAACAACACGUAUGUCUCAAAAAUCUGCACUUUGUCGGAUAGGAUUUUUCCCCAAUUAUAGGGAAAAUUUCUAAACAAGAAGAAAUAUGUAUUCCAAAAGUAAAUAAUAAAAAAAUAACCCCAACUAACGUUUCUAGUUUUUGUGAUGCUAUUACUCACAAAAAUUUUGAAACUAUUUAUAGGUAAUUGAUUAAGAACAGUUUAAAGGAUAUAAAAUGUAAAUGUAUAUAUAUACGUACUAAUAGAAACAAUAGAAAAUAAGCUUCAGUUCUUAAGAUAACAGCUAAUUUAAUUAUUCCAAUUAGUAAAUUCCGUAUUGACAAAAUUUUCACACUAUAAGUAUUUUAUGUGGUAGGUUCUGUGUAAUGACAGAUUUUAAUAUCACUUUUGAAACUUUAGUUUUUUUGGAAUUUAUUAUUUUAUCAUCUGUAAUUAGUAUGGUAGCCCGAACAACGUAGGCUAGGAAACAUCGUUUUCGAGUUAACAGCUAUUUGUGUUUUCUUACUAAGAUUAGAGUGCGUUUUUUGUACUAACUAUUCUGUGUUUUUGUUUACCAUUGUAAAUGCUUGAAUAUAUAUAUAUUUCACGGUCGCAGAAACGUGUUUAAGUGAUCUGGACUUAGUUAUGCUUGUUUAAAAAUGUGUAGGUCAUUAAAUAACAUAAAGUAUGCAUUUCUGACAAAUAUAGAAUGUUGAUGUUACAAAAAAAAAUGGAAAUGCAUAUCACGAGAAUUCUUAAGUUGUCAAGUAAAACGAUUGGUGAAAUAAAGCGUAAUUUUCGUUCAUGAACAAUUUAUAAUGAUGAUAAGGAAUUAAAUCUUACUUAUAGCUGAAAUAUAUCUUGACAGUGAAGGAAGUGUUUUUAAUGUACGUUUUUGUAGUUAUUGUAAGAGUACUGUAAGUUAAGUAAUUAGUAAAGGAACGUCUUUCAAUAAUUUUAAUGUAAAUUGUCUACUAUAAUUAUUCGACAGAUUAAAAUGCAAGUUCUUAACUGCUUUUGAAACUGUAAGAAAAAAAAAUCAAAUUCAGUUAAUUAGUUUCAUGGUUGCUUUAUCUCUUAAUCUAUCUAUCUAGUUCUAAAGCUUAAAGAAUUAACUUGUACUAAUUGUGAUAUUAUAUGUAAAGCUUUUUUUGUGUCCAGGCUAGGUUGAUGAAAUACAUUUCUGUACUUUGUAUUGAUGCAAAUAAAACUUGCUUGUUGAUUGUGUUA